GGGCGUCGGGGCCGGCGCGAAGAUGGCGGCGGCGGCGGCGGCGGCGGGGCCCGGGGCGGCGGAGGCGCCGAGCUCGCUGCUGCUCGUGGUGGGCGGCGAGUGCGGGCGCCCGGGGCUGCUGGCCUACGUGCUGGAGGAGCUGGAGCGAGGCAUCCGUUCCUGGGAUGUGGACCCCAGCGUGUGCAGCCUCGACGAGCAGCUGAAGAUCUUUGUGUCCCGGCACUCAGCCACCUUCUCCAGCAUCGUGAAAGGCCAGCGCAGCCUGCACCAUCGCGGAGAUGCCCUGGAGACCCUGGUCCUUCUCAACCCGUCCGACAAGUCCCUGUGUGACGAGCUCCGGAACCUUCUGCUGGACCCCGCCCCCCACAAGCUGCUGGUGCUGGCAGGGCCUUGCCUGGAGGAGACAGGGGAGCUGCUUCUGCAGACCGGGGGCUUCUCACCACACCACUUCCUCCAGGUCCUGGCGGACAAAGAGAUCGCGGAGCUCCUGGCCGCGGCGCCCCGGCCCCCCACGCCGCCCUCGCUCACCGUCACCUGCCCGACGUUCGGCGGCUGGGCCCGGCUGCCUCCCGAGGCCCCCGGCCUGCAGGGCUGGCUCCGGCUGCGGCUGAACCCGCCGGCGCAGCGGGCGGCCUCCGAGGGCCUGCGCGAGUUCCUGGAGUACGUGGCCGAGUCGCUGGAGCCGCCGUCGCCCUUCGAGCUGCUGGAGCCGCCGGCCGCCGUGGGCUUCCUCAAGAUCGCGCGGCCCUGCUGCUACGUCUUCCCCGGCGGCCUGGGCGACGCCGCCUUCUUCGCGGUCAACGGCUUCACGGUGCUGGUCAACGGCGGCUCGAGCCCCAAGUCCAGCUUCUGGAAGCUGGUGCGGCACCUGGACCGCGUGGACGCCGUGCUGGUGACCCACGCGGGCGCCGACAGCCUGCCGGGCCUCAACAGCCUGCUGCGGCGCAAAGUGGCCGAGCGCGAGGCGGCGGCCGCGGGCGCGGCGGGCGAGGACGCGCUGCGCAGCCUCGCGUCGCCGGACCUGGGCGUCGUCUUCCUCAACGCGCGCGCGCCCGCGGCCCCCGCGCCCGCGCCCCGGCUGGUGCGCGGCGAGGACGAGGCGGGGCUGGCGCUGGGCCUGCUGGGCCGCCUGGGCAUCGCACCCCUGCCCCUGCGCCGCGGCCCCGCGCCCCCGCGGCCCACCGUGCUCUUCCAGAAGAUGGGCGUGGGCCGCCUGGACCUGUACGUGCUGCACCCACCCGCGGCCGGCAGCACCGAGGCUGACCCCGCGCUCGCCUCGGUGUGCGCGCUGCUGGUGUGGCACCCCGCGGGCCCCGCCGAGAAGGUGGUGCGUGUGCUGUUCCCGGGGUGCGCGCCGCCCGCUCGCUUGCUGGAGGGCUUGGCCUCUGUGCAGCACCUGGGCUUCCUGCGCGAGCCUGUGGUGACGUCCCAGGACCUGGAGGGGCCGCGGCGCGCCGAGAGCCGGGAGAGCCUGGGCUCCCGGGACGGCGCGCGGCGGGAGGGCCGGCAGGCGCCUGUCAAGCCCGGCCAGGAUCGCCCCGGGGCGCCCCGGAAGGAGCCGCCGCGGCCCGAGGCCCCGCGCCGGGCGGAGAAGGACACCACUGCUCCACGGGAGGCCAAGCGGGAGCCCCAGCCCGGCGCCUUCCGGAUGCAGUCCCGGGAUGCGCGGCGCGGGGCGACCGCCAAGCCCGACCUCAAGAAGGCGGGGGUCCAGGUGGCCGCCAAGCCCCGGAGGGCGCCCAGCGUCGCGGAGGACGGGCCGUGCAGCCCCUCCAGCUUCCCCUGCGGAGAAGGCAGUCCCCCCCUGGUGCCCGGCGGCUCCCCCGCGCUGGAGCGCGGCCCGGAGCUGGGACCCAGCCCUGCCGGCGGGGAGAGCCGCCUCCCCGAGAAGACGCCUGAGCUGUUGGCCGCUGCCAGCCCCCCGCGGCCGCGCUCGCCCUCGCCCCCUGGGCCCCGCCGCGACCCCGCUGACAGCGCCCGGCGCCUGUCGCUGAGCCCGCUGCGCUCCGGGGAGCCCGCGCCUGACGCCUCACCCACCGUGACCACCCCCUCACUGCCCGCCGAGGUGGGCUCUCCGCACUCCACCGAGGUGGACGAGUCCCUAUCGGCGUCCUCCGAGCAGGUGCUGCCGCCCGCGGGCGAGGCCGGCCUGAGCCUCCCGCUGCGGGGUCCCCGGGCGCGCCGCUCCACUUCACCGCACGACGUGGACCUGUGCCUGGUGUCGCCCUGCGAGUUUGAGCACCGCAAGGGCCCGCCCCCCGCCUCCCCCGGCGGCUCCAACGACAGCAGCGCUCGGUCCCAGGAGCGAGCAGGCCGCCCGGGGCCUGAGGAGACCCCCCCCACGUCCGUCAGCGAGUCCCUGCCCACCCUGUCCGACUCGGACCCCCUGCCCCCCGCCCCUGUCCCCGUGGACUCUGACGAGGACACCGAGAGCUUUGAGGGGCCUCGCCGCCGUGACCCCCUGCCUGCCCCACUCCAGGAUCCCCGCCCACUGCCUGCCCCACCCGGUAUCUGCAUGGUGGACCCCGAGAUGCUGCCACCCGAGCAGGCUCGGCCGCCUGAGAGCCUCGGCCGGGCCCGGAAGCCCCUGCCCCAUUCUAGCCCGGGCACAGCUGGCUCCAAAGCCACCCCAGCGGCCACUGCCAAAACCAAAGGGCUGGUCAGCGGGGACCGGGCUGGCCGGCCACUCAGCGCCCGGGGCGAGCCCAGUGACAAGGGAGGCCGAGCAGCCCUGCCCAGGAAGCCUGUCCCCAAGACGGCCACACGGGGGACACCAGGGGCUCCUCCGGGCCGCCCCGUCUACCUCGACCUGGCCUACGUGCCUGGCGGGCGCAGCGCAGGCUUGGUGGGUGAGGAGUUUUUCGCACGGGUGCGCGCCCUCUGCUACGUCAUCAGCGGCCAGGACCAGAGCAAGGAGGAGGCCAUGCGGGGCAUCCUGGAUGCGCUGCUGGCCGGCAAGGCGCGCUGGAACUGUGAGCUGCAGGUGACGCUGAUCCCCACCUUCGAGUCGGCCGCCCUGCGCGAGUGGUACCAGGACACGCACGCGCGGCAGCAGGCGCUGGGCGUCACCGUGCUGGGCAGCAACAGCACCGUGGCCAUGCAGGACGAGACCUUCCCCGCCUGCAAGGUCGAGUUCUAGCCCCUCCCCCGCCGCCUCUCCCCGGGAUCUCCCCGGAAGAAUAAACGGCCUGCUCCUCCA